ACCAGCGCCUUAAUACUCUUUUACUGUUUAUACGCGGUAGAAACGGGGGUUGUCCAGCAGUCCAUGCUGAUUCAGCGGUGCAUGCCAAGCGCUCGCUGCCUCUGCUGGAGCGCGGCAGCCUGACUCUAGUCCGUGACCCUAAACCUCGCCUCUUUCUACAUCAACAUUCACUUUCACCCCCUCUACUCUCCUCUUCCUCCCCUUUUUCCAGUGAAGUUUCUUAAACCCUUUCACCGCAAUUACGAUUCGAAAUCACGAUUCGAAAUCCCGCCCCAGUCCUGCGAAAGCCCUGUGUCUUCCGCCGUCACUCCGCACUCCUAUCCCGAGCGCCUUCCCAUAACCUCCUCGCCCACAACCUUGUGCACCCGCAACUCACCGCAGAAGCUUCCCCACGCGCCCGACGCUGACGGUAUAAGCACGGAAUCCUCUCACAGCAGGCUCGAUACUCUCAGAACGCAAGGACUCAUCCCGAAGGCGGCCAGGAGUCUACGAUGAAGUCCGCGCAGACGCUGGCGUCCAUGCCGCCACCACCAAAGGACGAUGUUGAGAGAACAUGGGCCUACCUUCAAACAGGUCUCGAGAAGAUCAUGACCGACCUCCGAGGCGGUAUGGAUCUGAAGGUCUACAUGGCCCUGUACACAGCCAUACACAACUUCUGUACUGCUCAGAAGGCAGUCUUUAGCAACAUGGUUUCCGGGCAGAGUGGGAGCCGAGGCGGGGCUCAUCUUCUUGGAGAGGAGCUGUACAAGCACCUGAUCGCAUAUCUCACGAAACACCUCAAAGAAGUGCAACGGCGGUCCAGGGAACACACGGACGAAGCUCUCUUGACCUUCUACAUCAAAGAAUGGAAUCGGUACACAACGGCCGCGCAAUACAAUAACCAUCUGUUCCGGUAUCUUAAUCGGCACUGGGUGAAGCGUGAGAUAGAUGAGGGUAAGAAGCACAUCUACGACAUAUACACGCUUCACCUGGUCCGGUGGAAGGAGGACAUGUUUCUUGGAACCCAGGAAGCCGUGAUGCGAGCCGUCCUCAAACUCGUGGAGAAGCAGCGUAACGGCGAGACGAUCGAACAGUCCCACAUCAAGUCCGUUGUAGACUCCUUCGUUUCGCUCGGGCUCGAUGAGUCCGACAGCACAAAGCCGACCCUCGACGUCUAUAAGGAGUAUUUCGAGCGGCCCUUCUUGGAGGCGACCGAAAAGUACUACGAGAACGAGUCGAAACAGUUCAUAGCGGAGAACAGUGUGGUGGAGUACAUGCGGAAAGCGGAAACCCGGUUAGAGGAGGAGAAGGAUCGCGUAUCUCUCUACCUGCUCUCGGAAAUCAUGUCUCCCCUGAUGCGGGCAUGCGAGAAGGCACUCAUCACGAACCACGUCGAAAUGCUUAGGGACGAGUUUCAGACUCUGCUGGAUGAGGACAAGCAGCAAGAUCUGGCACGUAUGUAUAAGCUUCUUGCGCGCAUUCCCGAAGGACUGGAUCCUCUGAGGCAAAGAUUCGAAGCGCACGUACGGAAGGCAGGCCUCAAUGCGGUCGACAAAGUCGCUCAAAACGGUGAAAACAUUGAUCCAAAGGUCUACGUUGAGGCCCUUCUGGAGGUCCAUACACAGUAUCAAAAGUUGGUCAACUUCGCCUUUAACGGAGAGUCGGAGUUUGUUCGCUCCCUUGACAAUGCCUGCCGAGAGUUUGUCAAUCGCAACAGUGUCUGCAAGUCUGGCUCCAGCAAAUCUCCCGAACUGCUUGCGAAGUACGCCGACACCCUGUUGAAGAAGUCGCCCGCCAAGAUGGUCGAGGAGGAUGAUAUGGAGAAGCUUCUGACGGAACUCAUGACCGUCUUCAAGUACAUUGAGGACAAGGACGUGUUCCAGAAGUUCUAUUCCCGCAUGUUGGCGAAGCGCUUAGUAGGGACCACAUCUGCGUCGGACGAUGCUGAGACCAGUAUGAUUGCCAAGCUGAAGGAAACAUGUGGCUUUGAAUACACCAACAAGCUGCAACGCAUGUUCCAAGACAUGCAGAUUUCGAAGGAUCUCAAUGCGAACUAUAAGGAGUGGCGGGACACGGUGCUCGGAGAGGACAGCAAGAGUGGCAUAGAUGCCACCUUCCAUAUCCUUGGCACAGGUUUUUGGCCAUUGACGCCGCCUCAAACGGCCUUCACACCCCCUCAGGUCAUCUCGGACACAUACGAACGAUUCACGCGCUUCUACAACAACAAACACCAAGGUCGCAAGUUGACCUGGUUAUGGCACUUGUGCAAGGGCGAAGUCAAGAUGACCUGCUGCAGAGUCGUCAACGCCAAGAUUUCUCCGAUUCUCCAAGUUUCAACCUAUCAGAUGGCCAUAUUGCUGUUGUUCAAUGAGAGCGAUACGCUGAGCUAUGACGACCUUGUGCAAGGCACAGGUUUGAUCGCGGAUAUUUUGAAUCCCAGCAUCUCGGUGCUCCUGAAGUCAAAGGUUCUCCUUGCGGAGCCAGAAGGUGCGAAGGCGGAACCCGGCGCGACCUUCAAAGUCAACACCGGCUUCAAGACGAAGAAAAUGAAAACCAAUCUUAACAUUGGAAUCAAGAGCGAGCAAAAGCAAGAGGUGGAGGACACCCACAAGACGAUCGAGGAGGACCGUAAGCUGCUCGUACAGUCGGCCAUUGUCCGCAUCAUGAAGUCUCGCAAGAAGAUGAAGCACCAACAGCUCGUGUCGGAAACCAUUCAGCAGAUCAAGAACCGCUUCCAGCCCCGGGUUCCGGACAUCAAGAAGUGCAUUGAUAUUCUGCUCGAGAAGGAGUAUCUCGAGCGAUUGGAAGGCGACGAACUAGGUUACCUUGCAUGAGCGGGGCGGAAGAGUAGACUCUCAUCACGUUUGCGCAUAAGAUGGCAUUGCCGGCUUACCUUUCUGGUCAUGGAUAUAAUCAUCUAUGCUUCUUCGGGGACCUUGGAGUACCUUUCCAUUGUGACCUUCUCGACACAUGGGUUUUUGUCGGUCGUUUGACGGCGUUGGGGAUCAGGUAACAGGGUUUCGCUACACGAACAGGGUCAUGAGUCCGGUUAUCUUGCCUCGGUAAACGUAGAUAUAGGUGUGGUACUCGCGUCUACAUCAGGUGGAUGUGGUUUGCGGGGUGGGCGGGGCGUGGGAGAAGGCGGCCGUCAACGACGACAGGCCCGGUCAAGCAGGUCUUAUCGAAAACUGUGGAAGCCC